AUGGCAUCACCUGCUGCAUUGCUGCAGCGAGCCGCACAAGGCUCUGGUAGCAAUAGGGGCACCGGGUCAAACUCCGUCUCGGGUAUCAUCUCAACCCUGGUGCCUGUCGUCAUCAUCGCCGCCAUAUCGAUCGCGCUCUUCAUCCUUCUGCGCAAGAAGUUCGGGAAAAUAUACUACCCGAGAAGCGAACAGACGAUCUUGAAGGAGAGUGACAAGCGAACGCCUCACAAGGAUGUAGGCAUAUUCAGCUGGGUGAGCGAUCUCCGCUCGCUGCCAGACGACUUCGUUCUCCAACGAAACUCCCUCGACGGCUACCUCUUCCUGCGCUUCUUCAAGGUCCUCAUCAUCAUCGCUGGAGCGGGCUGCCUCAUCACAUGGCCCAUCUUGUUCCCCGUGAAUGCCACUGGCGGUGGUGGCCAGAGCCAGCUUGAUGUCAUCUCCUUCAGCAACGUCAACAAUCCCAACAGGUACUACGCACAUACCUUUGUCGCCUGGAUCUACCUCGGCUUCAUCACCCUGGUUGUUGCUCGCGAGCGCAUGUACUUGAUUGGCCUUCGCCAGGCCUACUUCCUGUCAGCCGCCCGAUCCAAGCGACUGCCUUCUCGCACCGUCCUAUUCAUGGGAAUUCCCAAGGACCAGAGAUCUGAGAGUUCCAUCAGACAGGCCUUGGGUCCAGAUGUGCAGAAUGUUUGGAUCCCGACCGACUGCAAGGAUUUGGAAGAAAUCGUCAAGGACCGGACCAAGGCUCACGGAAAGCUAGAGGGCGCCCAGGUCAAGCUGUCCAAGUUAUCGAACAAGAACCGACUGAAGGCCGAGAAUGAAGCCGAGAAGAAAGGAAACGCAGAGGAGAAUCAGAGACAGGAUCCUCUUCACUGGGUCGACAAAAAAAAGCGACCGACGCACAAACUCAAGUUCCUGAUCGGUAAGAAGGUCGACACCAUCGAAUGGGGCCAGCAAGAACUCCCAAAGCUCAACGAGGAAAUUCGACGAGAGCAGUCAAAGCACACGCAAGGAAAUGCCGAGGUUGUGGGGGCGGCCUUUGUCGAGUUCUCAAGCCAGGGCGCAGCACAGCGUGCGUACCAGCAGGCGUUGCAUGGGAGCAAGAAGAAGGCGUGGAAACCCCGCUACAUCGACGUGCAGCCCGACGAGAUUAUCUGGAAGAACCUCAAGGAGAGUUACCUGACCCGCAAGAUCAAGCUGACCGUCGCUGCCAUCCUUGUGACGUUGACGAUCUUGUUCUGGACACCCAUCACGGCGUUCGUCGGUGCUCUGACGAACAUCAACUACCUGACCCAGCAGGUGCCAUUCCUCAGCUUCAUAACCAAGAUUCCAAGUGUGAUACUGGGUGUCGUCACUGGUCUCCUACCCACGAUCAUCCUAUCCGUCUGUGUCAUUCUCUUCCCGAUCCUCUGUCGACUCCUGGCCAAGAUUGCCGGCGAGCCAACCCUGUCGGCCGUUGAACUCAAGACCCAGAACUGGUACAUGGCCUUCCAGGUUGUCCAGGUCUUUCUCAUCACCACAUUCGCGUCGGGCGCUUCGGCUGUUGCUGCACAGAUCGUGAGCACUCCAUCGUCUGCGCCGGGGUUACUAGCCAAGAACCUUCCUAAGGCAUCCAACUUCUACCUCAGCUACUUCAUUCUCUACGGUCUCGCGCAAGCUGCCGCUCAGCUUCUGAAUAUCGUGCCACUGCUAUUGUUUUUGGUACUUGGGAAGUUCCUCGACUCAACCCCGAGGAAAAUGUAUAACCGCUGGGUCAGCUUGGCGGGUAUUGGUUGGGGCUCAGAGUAUCCCAAAUGGACCAACUUGGGAGUCAUCGCCAUCUCGUACUCAUGCAUUGCACCGCUCAUUAUGGGGUUCGCCCUCAUCGGAUUCUCACUGCUCUACUUCGCCUUCAGGUACAAGUGGCUGUUCAUUCUGGGCAACAAGAUUGACAUGAAGGGUGAAGCCUACCUGCGCGCCCUGCGGCAUUUGAUGAUAGGCGUGUACCUAUCCAGCAUCUGUAUGAUCGGACUCUUCGCCAUUGGUACCAGCGGGAACACUGCCGGGACAGGCCCCCUGGUAUUGAUGAUCAUCUUCCUCGUCGCUGUGAUUGUCUUCCACGUCCUGAGCAACAAGGCGCUCGACCCCUUGGAGCAGGGUCUUCCCCUGAGCCAUUUCAGUGGGAAGGCCCAGCAGCAUGACCAGGUUGGCGGACCUCACCAUGGAUCGCAGGACGGCAUGGUCCAGAACGGUCACGGCUCUUCGCAGGUGCCCAACGAGAAGUACGUCGGCCACGAUCUCGAAGCCAACCCCAGCGGCAGUCGCAGUCAUCCGUCCGGGGACGUGGGCUCCGAGGAGAAGACCGGCAACAAGCUGACGCAGAAGGUGCGCCCUUACAUCGACCGCAAGUUCUACGAACCGAACCGCCAAAUGAACUUUGAGCUCCCCGAGGUCAACUACGAGCACAGUGAGGCGUAUCACAACCCAGCCCUGGUCGCCAAGGCGCCGUUCGUCUGGCUCGCGCGCGACGGCUGCGGCGUGAGCAAGAAGAUGGUUAGCGACAAUCGGGCGGCCGGCAUCGCCAGCACGGACGAGUUCGCCUGGUUCGACGAGAAGAACAAGUUGCACUGGGACCACGAUAAGGUCGAGGAGGUCACCACCAUGCUGGAAGAGAAGGAGGUUCUUACUGAUGGGCGUAAGGAGUCCUUGGCGGUUUCGCAGAGGUGA